AUGUCACAUGACAGUGUUAUUGAUGAUGCAGACAUCGACCGCUUGUUGUUGCAUGCACGCACCAGUGGCAUCGUGGAUACUUUACCCAGGCUCCCCUGGGAGUCUGGGAUUAUGGCGUGCAUUUUCGGCAAUGGUGCUUUAGAGCAUCCUGAUUCUGCUACCCCGGCUCCCGAGGACGUGCCGUGCAUACGUGUCAGGCCUGCCCCGUGCGCACUCUUCGAGAAAUCCUUUUCUGCGAGGGCUGAUAUCUCUACCCAAGCUGAGGACGAUCACCUUUGGGUCUUAGCGACCAACAAGUGGUGUUGCAUCUUCAGCUUAGCCCAGAGUGAUCCUGGACAGGUUGGUGAGCAGGCUGCUCAGUGCUUGAUUGCAGAGGGUGAGUCGGCCAGGAACGAGCUGAUUCGGGAUGUCUUUGGCAUUAAAUCCCCUAGGACUGCGAUUAAGCGUGCCAAUUCUUUGCUUAGGUGCUUGAGGUGGCAUCUUAGAGAAAGGCGGGCCGCCUGGCCCUGGGACUGUGAUUCUUUUACCGACUUCGUAAAAUCCCUUGGCGUUGUUGCAAGUGCAGUGACAAGUCUCUUCGAAGCCGUGCACUUUGCACAUCAUGUUUUGGGCAUGCCGCUUUGCAAAGAGAUCCUUGAGGACCGCAGGUUGCAAGGCCGUGCCAAGAGACUUGAGGGCGAACGGGCAGAGGUGAAACAGCAGGAUCCUCUCACUGUGGAGUGUGUUGCCAGACUGGAGAAGCUUGUAGCCGGCAACUCUUUGUGUGAUGCAGACACUUAUGUGCUGGGUGGCAUUGUCUUCUGCCUGUAUAGCCGCUCGAGGUGGUCCGAUCUUAGAAAUCUGCUGUGCAUAUGGGUGGACUUUGAGGGUGACGACCAGUUGUCUGGAUUCGUAGAAGCCAGGAGCCGUGAUUACAAGACCAGCAACACAGCCAAGACGAAGAGGCGUGCGAUGCCUCUGGUGGCCCCGUUUCCCGGGGUUACUGAUGCCAACUGGGUGAAAGCCUGGUGGAGUGCCGGGCUUCGGCUGGGUGUGCAGUGGGAUGCAGAUCCCUUUGGGCCCCUGGUUCGUGCCCCAGAUGCCGAGGGCCAGCUCUGCAAGAGACGGUGCACUUCAAGCGAAGCCGGUGUGAUGUUGUGCAAUGCCCUGAACCUGGAUGGGGACCAGAGGCGUACAUCUCAUGUCUUGAAGGGUACGACUUUGGCUUGGGUCGGCAAGCGUGGUUUUGGAGAGCGGGAUGGCCUUCUUCUUGGUCACCAUGCUCCGGGCUCAGGCUCGCUGGCAUGCUACAGCCGAGAAUUGUUGAGCGCGCCCCUUCGCGCCUACAGGGCUAUGCUUGCAGAAAUCAGGACAAAUGUUUUCAGGCCAGAUAGUACCCGCGGUGCCUUUGGCCUUGGAGCACAGCUAGAGAAGGAGCCAGGUGAUGUGGUGCAUCAGACAGAAGUGCCAGGAGAGCUCGAGCAUUAUUAUGCGAACAAUUUGCCUCCAGACUUACCGGAAUCCUCGCAAGCAAGCGAGCGUGGUCGUGAUGACGGACACGGCACUGGAGGGCUGUGGCUCAAGUUCAUCUUCUUCGUCUUCGAGCUCCUGAUGCUUCAUCGCCCUCAAGGCGGGCAGGCAGCUUGCAAGACGAAGUGUGGGAGGCGCACGGCCAAUGUGUACAGGUGGCUAGAGGGUAGACAUGAGCAUGCAUGCAACUUCCCAUGCUACUUCGAGUUUGGACGGCAGUGCGAGCGAGCAGGCUUGUCAGCCCCGUGGGUCACCGCCUUGAAAGAUGCAGGGAUCACGACCUUAGGGAAACUUAGCUAUGCUGUGACGCUUCCGGGGAAUCAACCUUCGAGUGAUGACAUGGAUGCUUUCAUCUUGACCCUCCGGCCGGGGGCCAGAAUCACCUUAGGGGACAGCUCUGCUUUGAAGCAGCUCAUCUUUGAAUCUCAGACCAUGACGGUGGCUGAGCUGAGAUCUUCGAUGCAGGCUACAGACGAGGUGCCAAGGAAGCUGCCAGCGUCAGAGCGCUCCAUGCGCAUUGAUGCUCAGAAGCGUCGUCUAUCAGGAUUGCCACUUGAGGGCCCUCUUGCAGUCGCUCAUUGCGUGUAUGACAAGUUAGCAACCAUGCGCGAGAAUGAUGAACUGAAGUAUCUGGCCCCCAAUGAGUGCAUCACUCGUGACGAGGAGCUUUGUUGUGAGAAGCCUCCCAAGGCCUUGCACCUAGAUGCAAAUAAGCGUGCCUUAGCUAUGGACUUAGUGGGCCUUGCAUCUUAUGCUUGCGUGCAGAAGUGGAAUGAGCGCCUUUUCCGCAUCAUGAGCCAGGACCCGCCUCCCGAGUUUCAGCGUGUUUCCCGUGCGCAAGUGCUACGAGCCGACCGGCAGUGUUUCUUGGAGCUUGCUCGAGUGUGCAAUGGAAACUUGAAACCAGGUCCUGAUGGGUCCCUUCCCUUAGACAAGGAGUUUGAGAAGCUUGAAUUCAACACUACUGUGAUGUACUUCUUGCUGCCUGUGAAGGGCCGGGGCAAGGGAGGAGGCAAGGCUGAGAAGGAGGGUAAGGGUCGUAAGCGCACAAAGACCACAAAUGACGAUGAGAGCCCGAACAACAAGGCUAAGAUCACUCGCGACCCGAUUCCUGAAGUUCUCAAGGGAAUGCACUCGAGAACGCCAGAUAACAAGCCGAUCUGCUUCAACUUCAACUUGGGCAAGUGCAAGGCCGGUGCGAAAUGCAAGUUCAAGCAUGUGUGCUGCAAGCCUGGGUGUUACAAGCCGCACCCCAUGAGCGAGCAUGACUCCGCUAAGAGCUCAGAGUGA